AUGUCGCUGCUGUUGACACUAGUGCACUUUGCAGAAUCAGGUCAUGAAUAUGCAGAUGGGAAUGUUUUCCGAGUCACGUCCACUCAAACUGAACCUAUGAUUCAAUUUCUUUUUCUUUGUGAGAAUACAAAACGAAGGAAAAAACUAAUUCUUUUUCCAUUUAAAAUCCAGGUGUUUCACUUGAGCGGCAUGCGCUUACCAGCUAAAUUCCUAAUCGAAAAACUCCACCGGAAGAACCAGAAAGUUGAUAUUCAUUUGGAUGGCGCACAAAACUGGGGAGCAUUCAAACACGACCUCAAAGACAUCAACUGUGACAGCUACAACGGAGGGAGUCACAAGUGGUUCCUUGGUCCCAAAGAGACGGGUAUCUUGUACAUGAAGAGAGAAAGUGUGCCCAAUUUCUGGCCCAAAGAUAUUGGGUACAAUGGCGGGAUGCAGCCUCCACCUACCUUCGCGGGUGACCCACUGUCAGAUGAUGCGUCCGGGUUUGAGAUGGUUGGCCAACGGAACGAUACCAACAUUGGGCUGCUGUAUACCGUCGAUCUGAUGGAUUUGAUAGGCUUCGACAAAAUCGAGAAGAGAGUCAAGUCAUUGAUUGAGCGACUAAGGGGCGGCUUGGACGAGGUUACGCGCGAACUCCACAAUGUCUUCCUGGUCCUGACCAUCAAAUUUCGAGACGAUGUCGGAACCGGAGGAGCACGCAGGCAAAGAAAGAGUCAAGAAGUGAAGCCAGAAUUGAACGAAGUGUUGUACGACGCGUUGUAUGAACAUCACCACAUCGGGGUGUCGACAAAGAAAGGAAAUCGAAUGAGAUUCUCCCCGCAUAUCUACAACAUGGAGGAGCACAUCGACCGGGCAGUUGAAGCCGUUAGAUAUGAGCUGAAAAAAAUCCGACCGAGGAUUUUUAGUUUUAAAAUACUUCAACAGCUACUUUGA